ACCCAUACCUCAUACCUAAAACUAGUGAACCAAACACCCCCUAAUAGGUAUGGAAGGAGAAAAAAAAAACUCUCUCUCCCUCUGAUCCGUUACCACUACUACUAACACUAGGGUUUGGAACUUGAGCGGACGGUGAGAGGCGGCGGCGUGGUGCGGGGCUUUACGAGGUCUUUCAAUUCGCUCCAAAUUAUCUGGUGAGUUAUUUGAAAGCCAUUACAGCAGACCAAGUGGAAGGAAGGUUGUCAAAGAUGGAGGAUUUCUAUUUUGAAUUUGAUUCCGACUAUAUAGUGGACGUGUUCAAUGAUGGUAGGAGAGCGGCCCUUGGCACACAACUUGCUGAAGUGUUUGCUGUUAAAGUACGAGCAAGCAACAAUUGUGAAGGAGUGUAUGGUAGCUUUUCUGUAAAAGAUGGUAAACGCACCUUGUGUUACUACAAUCGACAAGCGGAGGACGGUCAACCGAUUGACCACCAAGAUCGAGAUUGUUGUUCUUUGUUGUUGAGUGCACCACAUCAAGCUGUCACAGCAACUCCUCGCAUUGAAUUUUCACUGGAUCUCAAGGACAAAAAUGGCGAUGAAUUCUUUAAAAAUAAUACAUUGUUGCCUCUCCUCAUGGAUGAGGAGGGCAAUGUUGAUGAUGUGUUUGAUAAAUAUCUAUUUUUAGAAGUGAUAGGGAGAUCAGCGUCUGCGACAAUCUAUUACACUCUACCUAGAGUGGCAGCACUGGCUAGUUUUGUAUUUGAACUUGUUGAUAAAAGCGGUGAAAAUGGUGGUGGUCAUGUUGAUGUUUAUGGGAACAUUGUUGCUCGCUACGGAAAUAAUUACGACCCUUCUUUGACUGGUGAUGAUGUUAGACAACAUUUUAGCUUUCUGCUUUUUCAGCAGGAGGAUAAGGUGCAAGUCAAGUACGGGGAAUCCAUCCCUUUGUUAAGAUCUCAUGUAGUUGUGCCGCGCACUACUUCCAUUGCCAUUGAAGUUAACCUUGAGCUUAUCCAUUCAAAUGGUUUCAAGGAACAAAUUAAGAAUCAUCCAGUCUAUUUUCAAGCAAGCCAAUAUUAUGGCUCCCACAUAUUCAAGUUAAACCAUGGUGGUGGUUCAAUGGUUUUAUUCGUUGAUUGGGAUGCUUUUGGUUCCAUUGAUUAACGAUAGAUGGACGCUUUUGGUUGAUUUCGUGUUCCAAAGCACCAGAUUCGGUGCGGUGCUGCAAUUUUCUGGUGUCUGGGGUAUUAUGUAAGAUGUAAGAUGUGUCGUUGAUUAAGUAAGAUGUGUUCAUCUGUUAUUUCACUCCAUGGUUUAGAGGUGAUCAAGAUUAGAACGGUCGGGUUAUCGGGUUUGGGCAAUUAUCUUGUACAUUUUUUUAUUUUUAUAACUAAUUCGUUAACAUUCCCCUAUA